AACCAAUCUUUCAAACCUUUCUUUGAAUUUUAGUUGUCAACACCCCCUUUAUAAAGCUUUGAAGCAUCCUUUUGUGUUCUAGGUCCCAAUAACCAAUGGUACUUUUGAUAGGGAAACUUGCAAGACAUUACUUCAAGCUGGAGAAUCGCCAGCAUCCCAUCACACACCCUCCUCAACCAGAACCAGGGGAGUUGCAAUCUUCACUUCUUGAUUUCAAAUCCCACGUGUCCAAAUCAAUUGUUCAAUUAGCAUCGGAUUUGAAAAUAGGAUCACAAACCCUGUCUUUGACAUGGUUGCAAAGGUGUUUAGGCCUCUUGCCCUUCAUCAACAAGGCUUUUUCAAAGCUUGUUGUGGAUAUUGAUUACCCCAUGAGUAAAUGGGAGGUUGGUUCCAGUGAAGGGUACCUCAGAUACACCUUGAGUUUGCUAGAGCUUCUCAAUUCCAUUUCCUCAUGCCUUUCUCAUCUUGGCCAAACUAGGCUUUCCCUGGCUCAUGGCUUGACCCUGGCGAUGGAGAACUCAGCUUUGGCAAGAAAGCAUCUGAAAGCAAUUCAGUUUCAAUCAGGGUGUUUCAGUUUCAGUACCAACUUUGGUAAGGAUCUUGAUGAAACAAGGGUUUUCUCUGGCAAAGAGUGGAUUUUUCAUGAGGCUGUGAAGGAAAUGAGUUGUGUUGGAUUCUGGGUAUGUGGGGUUCUGUUGUCUUGCUUUUAUGGUGAUGGUAAGCCAUACAUGGAGCUGAGAAAAAUUGUUGGUGGGUUUGAUGGUUCUCUUGUUGCCACACUUGAUUUCAAAAUCAGUGGUCAGUUGAUGGGAAAAAUGCCAAUUUUCAGCGAGAUCAAAGAGGUAAAUGACGCUGUUACUGUCCUUGUUGUUUCUUCUGAUCAUGAUACAGCCAAGGAUUUGCAGACAAAGCUGCACGUGUUGGAGAAGCUAUCAGAUGAUAUAAGCAAGGAGGUGGAUAAUCUGUUUGCCAGUAUAAUGACACACAGAUCUGAAUUAAUUGACGGCUUUCGACUACAGAAACAGCCACCAAAGUCAAUUGUUUGAUCAUAUAUUAUGUGUAGAUCAAAAGUUUUUAAUUGCUUAUGUAAUGUUUAUAAAUUGUAUAAUUCUGUAGUCAUGUAAAUAGUAAUACCUAGUGUUUAUUUGCACACUGAGGAGCAUAUGUAAUACGAAUAAUCAAAACUAUAUGGUUCGAAAUGUAUUUUUUUAAGAUGCU